AGGCUGGCGGCUUGUGGCCGGGGCCUCGGCUCGACUCUGGCGCGCUGAGGAGCAGACUCCGGGGCCCGCGUUCGCUCCCGGUCUCUCCCGGGCGCGCCUGAGUCCCGGCGGCUGCUCGGGCUGCAGUCUCGGGGACGCCCCCUUCCUCCUCCAAAGCCCUAGCCUCUUGGCAACUUGGCGCCGCUCCGGACGCUGGUUGCGAGCUUGCCCAUCAGACGUUCCCGGCACUGGCCGACCGGCGGGAAGACCUCCCCGCGCGCCCCUCACGCCCACUCCCGAGCGCCCCCAAGCAGAGCGCAGCGCCAGGAGUACGGAAGCUGACGGGACAGUCUCCUGGUCCCUUACUCUGCCUCUCUUCAAACCAAGACAGGUCCUCCAGUCUCAACCGAACAUGUUGGACGGCCUGAAGAUGGAGGAGAGCUUUCAAAGUGCGAUUGAGACCUCGGCCUCCUUCUCCUCUUUGCUGGGCAGAGCGGUGAGCCCCAAGUCUGUCUGCGAGGGAUGUCAGCGGGUCAUCUCGGACAGGUUUCUGCUGCGACUCAACGACAGCUUCUGGCAUGAGCAGUGCGUGCAGUGCGCGUCCUGCAAAGAGCCCCUGGAGACCACCUGCUUCUACCGAGACAAGAAGCUUUACUGCAAGUACCACUACGAGAAACUGUUUGCUGUCAAAUGUGGGGGCUGCUUUGAGGCCAUUGCACCCAAUGAGUUUGUCAUGCGUGCCCAGAAGAGCGUGUACCACCUGAGCUGCUUCUGCUGCUGUGUCUGUGAGCGACAGUUGCAGAAGGGUGACGAGUUUGUCCUGAAGGAGGGCCAGCUGCUCUGCAAAGGCGACUAUGAGAAGGAGCGGGAGCUGCUGAGCCUGGUGAGCCCGGCAGCCUCAGACUCAGGCAAAAGUGAUGAUGAAGAGAGUCUCUGCAAGUCAUCCCAUGGGGCAGGGAAAGGAACCUCAGAGGACAGCAAGGACCAUAAGCGACCCAAACGUCCCAGGACCAUCUUGACCACUCAGCAAAGGAGAGCAUUUAAGGCCUCAUUUGAAGUAUCCUCCAAGCCCUGCAGAAAGGUGAGGGAGACCCUGGCUGCGGAGACAGGGCUGAGUGUCCGUGUGGUCCAGGUGUGGUUCCAGAACCAGCGAGCCAAGAUGAAGAAGCUGGCCCGACGGCAGCAGCAACAGCAGCAGGAUCAGCAGAACACACAGAGGCUGAGCUCUGCUCAGACAAAUGGCAGUGGGAAUGCCGGGAUGGAAGGGAUCAUGAACCCCUACACAGCGCUGCCCACCCCGCAGCAGCUGCUGGCCAUCGAGCAGAGCGUCUACAACUCCGACCCCUUCCGACAGGGUCUCACCCCACCCCAGAUGCCUGGAGAUCACAUGCACCCCUAUGGUGCCGAACCUCUUUUCCAUGACCUGGAUAGUGAUGACACUUCUCUCAGUAACCUCGGCGACUGCUUCCUAGCAACCUCAGAAGCUGGACCCCUGCAGUCCAGAGUGGGAAACCCCAUUGACCAUCUGUACUCCAUGCAGAAUUCCUAUUUCACCUCUUGAGUCUUCUCCUAGAAUUUUUAUGGCUGGGCUCCCAUAUGGAACAACCAUACUGUGUGAGGGGUUGCUGACUUUAGGAUGGGGAGGCCAGAGUGGGCUGGGGAGGGGUGUUUGUUGGGGAUGCUGUUGUAAUAAUGAUAUUGGUGUAGACCAGCAUUUCCAAAGACUGAAUACAUUAUGGAUCGCAUAGUUUAAUGUUUCUAAUAAGAGUCUUAGUGUUAGAUAUGAAGAUGUGUUUAUCAUUAAAGGACAGGGAAUUUUAACAUAGACAUUCUCACGCAAACUAGCUAUGUAGGGACUCCUAACAGCUUCCUACCAUUGUGGAGAAGUGCUUGUCAAGAGGUGCCGUGUGUCUAUUCAUCUAUACACUGAUAGACAG